AUUCGUAAUAUAAACAUUUUUGCGAAUCGUAUGUCCAAAUAGAGACCAGAGCGCCAUUCUUUGGGUCGGAUAGAGCAAAACGAGCAUUCAGGGGAUCGUGUACAAGGUUUAAUUUAGAAAAAUAGUGAGAACUACGAUUUCGUUCAUUUUUCACUCGCGAAAGACGUCAAAAAGGUAAAACAGACCACAAAUUUAGUUCCUCGUUUUUUCUGUAAGCGGCCGGAGUCGAAGUCGAUAAAAAAGAAAAUGUUAAACGCCGCCUUUACCAAACAUUUUCGUUAUAAAACCGUGGAAAACAUUUGAAAAACAUUUCAAUAAAGGCAUUCUUCAUGAUUCUUCAGAAAGAGCUACUCCGCAAGUCAACAAUGUUGACGCAAAGAUAAUUUCAUUUGAUGGUUCAAAUACAUCCCACUCCAGGAUAAAUUAGUUUUAUACAAUAUUAAUAUUCAAUAAGAAAUAAUAGUAUCAGAAUUUGAAUCGAAGUAUAGGUAGUGUGACAAACAUCAUGGAUAGUGCAAAAUGGAAUGACAGAACAGAUUUUUAUAUAGGUUUAGGGUUAGCCAUUAGUUCUAACGGUUUUAUAGGUGCUAGUUUUAUUAUAAAGAAAAAAGCAUUAAUUCGUCUUCAAAGAUACGGUGGAUUACGAGCUUCGUCUGGAGGAUUCGGAUAUCUGAAAGAGUGGAUAUGGUGGACUGGCCUUCUUUCAAUGGCUAUAGGAGAAGCCGCUAAUUUUGCUGCUUAUACUUUUGCACCUGCUUCAUUGGUUACUCCAUUAGGAGCACUUAGUGUUCUAAUAUCUACAAUAUUAGCAUCAAAGUACCUGAAUGAGAAACUCAAUUUACUGGGAAAGAUCGGUUGUCUUUUAUGUAUCUUAGGUUCGACAGUUCUUGUACUUCAUUCUCCAAAAGCAGGGGAAGUUAGUACAUUAGAUGAACUUUUAGAUAAGGUUAAAGGUCCAGGAUACAUUACAUAUGUUUUAAGUGUAAUAAUAUGUAGUCUUCUAAUAAUUUUUUAUUUUGGUCCUGCUUAUGGAAAACAAAAUAUUAUGAUAUAUAUUUGGCUGUGUUCAUCUGUUGGCUCAUUGACUGUUAUGAGCUGUAAGGGACUAGGACUGGCUUUGAAAGAAACAAUUACAGGAUACAACAAUGGAUUUGCAAACUGGUUAACAUGGGUUUUUUUAUUUACUGUUAUACUUUGUAUCAGUGUACAAAUGAACUAUUUGAAUAAGUCACUUGACUUAUUUGAAACUACAGUUGUAACACCAGUGUACUAUGUAUUUUUUACAACAUUAGUAAUAAUUGCAUCUGCUAUAUUAUUUAGAGAAUGGGAAAACAUGAGCACAGAAGAUAUUUUUGGUUCUUGUUGUGGUUUUUUAAUUGUAAUAAUUGCCAUAUUUCUUUUAAAUGCAUUUAAAGAGAUAGAUAUACAUUAUGAUAAUAUUAAACACAUAUUACGCCCUAAAAGAGAAAUAGUUCUAAGCAAUAAUCAGUGGGAUAAUGCACACGAAGAUAGAUUAUUGUUACGAAUGGAAACUAAAAGACUAGAGCAUACAUACGGAGCUCAAACUUUGACAAGAACUAUAUAAUGUUUGAAUACACUGUGUUAUGUUGUACAAUUAUAAAUUUAAAAACACUUUUAAUUAGUAAUGUGAUAUAUACUUUCUAUAAACUUAGGCCGCCACUUAUGUAAUUCUGUUCCGACGGCGACUCCACUCAUUAGACGACAACAGGCUAAGUCAAUAUGGCAUCGAAAUAACCUAUCAAAUACGCUAAAAACGCUCAUACUAGUUAAAUACUUCAAGAAGAUAAAAAAAAAGGCCAUAAUUGUUGGGCACCCACAAAUUUUGUAGAAAUAUUUGUACUUAUUGAAAAUUUUUAAUAUCAUGUUAAGAUGAUCUCUUCUAUACAAGCGUUACAUGUGUACAUUUAAAAACUCUUCUAUUUUGUCGAUACAAAUGCAAAUUAAAAUAACAUAUUUCUAUCUUUUUUCUUA